GGUUGCCUAGCAACGCAUCAAACAACCAUGUCUACAGAGAGGCUAACGAGCGAGUUAGCUCCGUGAGACAGUUUUUUGGGGUUGUACAAACUGCUUAAAAAACAGAUGUAGCUCAUAGAAACAUGGAGCGAGAACUCACAGAAGAGGAACUGCAGGAUUUGUACGCAUGGAUAGACAAAAUCCCCCUAUCCCGGCCCAAAAGACACAUUACAAGAGACUUCAGCGACGGAGGUUUGUUUGGCUUUGCUGGUAAUCCGCUGUGGGGGGUUAAAGAAGCUAAACAAGACGCAGGAGUAAAAUUACCUCUAAUUAAUCACGUGAAAUCUUUCUCUACUUGUUUGUGUGCUUACAUCUCCUGUUUAUUUACUUAUUUGUGAGCUGAUUGUGCCUCUUUCUUGAACCUCCUGCAGUCAUGGCUGCAGAGGUUGUUAAACACUUCUUCCCAAAGCUUGUUGACCUGCACAACUAUAUUCCUGCAAGCUCCACACAGCAGAAGUCCAGUAACUGGAGCCUUCUCAACAGGCAAGACACCAGAAACAUAAUCAUGUAUUUGUUUGUUCAUGAUGCAUGUGAAUUUAUGGACCAGACACGGACAGAAUCAGAAAUGUUCCCUUCCUUUUUAUGUAGUGUUCAGUAUGAUUAAGCUGUGUUUUGAUAAGUAAUUGGUAGCAGGGUACAAAAGGGCAGCCUGUUUUUCUUCUCAUAUGAUUAAAGAAGACCAACAAGCUCCUUUUCAUUUAACUUUCAAUUCAUUAAAGUAAAAGCUCAUCUGUAUUGUUAGUUCUGGUGUCUCUCUUUUGAUGUUACCACAGAGAUUCUGUACAGGGUUUAGGUCAGGCGUGAUGGCUGAUCAAUCAAACACAGUAAUAUCAUGCACAGAAAACUAGUUUCUGGAAGUUUUGGUGUGCCAGGCCCUGCUUUAAAGGAAAUCUGUAUCUCCAUACAUCUGUUUUAGCAAAUGGAAGCAUGAAAAUCUCUCAAUAACUGACAAGAAACUGGACUUUGCACAACAUUCUUAUGUUUUAAGAUACAAGAAUAAAUCUCAUGAGCUGUGAGAUGUAAUCAGUCAAGAUUAAAGGGAUGUUCCGGCGUAAACUUAGGUUAGGGUCAAACACACCGUAACACCGAGUUAGACACCCCCAUCGAGGGAUGAAUGUUACCGACCGCUUGUUAAGUCAUACCAACUUUUGUAACGACCGCAUGAUAGCAAUACAGAGAGCCACGCGCUCAACCAAAGCGCCACUAUAUAGCCACAAAUAAUGCUCAGAACAGCACCUAACUUCAUCAACAGGACAUAUAGGGUCCUAACCACAGCACUAGCCACCAAACAUCUUUUUAACUUUGACCUAUUUCUUUAGCAAAGAGACUAAACACAACUCACCUACUCUCUUCCAGCAGCCACUUGUUUAUAGUGAGACCUCAGGCCAGUCCAUUAUGGACUACAGCGGGGUGACGCAGCUCAAGGAAAAACAUUUAUGAUCAUAUAAUCAUAUAAAUGCAAUCAGACCGAGACGCUAAGGCAGAAGAACUACCGUGUCUGCAGUGAAAAUGAUUAAUGUGAUGAUAAAUGUUCUUCCUUGAGCUGCGUCACCCCACAGCAGUCUGUAAUGGACUGGCCUGAGAUCUCGCUACAAACAAGCGGCUGCUGGAAGAGAGUAGGUGAGUUGUGUUUAGUCUCUUUCCUAAAGAAAUUAGGCAAAACUAAAAAGAUGUUUGGUGGCUAGUACUAUGGCUGGGACCCUAUAUGUCCUGUUGAUUAAGUUAGGUGCUGUUCUGAGCAUUAUUUGCGGCUAUAUAGUGGCGCUUUGGUUGAGCGCGUGGCUCUCUGUAUUGCUAUCGUGCGGUCGUUACAAAAGUUGGUAUAACUAGAGAAGCAAGUGGUCGGCAACAUUCAUCUCUUGACGAGGUGUCUAACUUGGCGUUACAGUGUGUUUGACCUUAACUUAAUUUUACGCCGGAAUAUCCCUUUAAAGCUGAAAUCGAAACACUUGAUAUCCAUGAUCUUUUGUGCCCAAACAGAUAUGAAAUUACUGCAUGGGCUCAAAAUCACUUCCAGAAACUGGUUUAUGCACACACAGUUGGUGAGAAUGCAGGUUUAGACUGUAACAUGCAAAGAGGAAGCCCCACAGAAACAUGUUCUAGAAACUUCUUUGGUAGUUUCAACACAAAAUUACAAAGCUCAGGAUAAGCGGUUACUUAAGGCAGAACAUUUGGUCAGGGCUCCAAAGGGCCUCUGCAUCUGGUCCUUAAAAACCAGUCCAACCCUCCCACUCAGCCUGUCCCCCGGACAAAGAUAUGGCUCACUGCCAGCUCCAGAUUUAUGGUUCUCACUGUGAACACUUCGGUCCGCUAUAGUGUUUGUCAUCACCAGUUAAAUCACUUUUAGUUUGCAGCUCCCAUUGUGUCUGGUUUUGUUAAUUGGAAACAUGUGUUUACGGUUAUUAAUGUAUUUACUUCUCUUUGUGGACAGGAAGGUGUUUUCCAAGCUGAACUUUGUGGUGCCUGAGGAGACAGUGAGGAGGAUUAUACUGAACACAACAGGAGUGAUAGAGCCUGUACUGAGGGUCCUCAAGGAGAAGAUAGAGAAGAAACUGGAGCACACCGCAGAGAAUAUGCUGGUCUAUAAUGUUUUUUACACUUAAACUCACCUUUUUUUCUGCGGUAACAGACACAUUUCAUUGUUGCUUUAAAACUAAUCGUAUUUUCAUUUAUAUAUUUUUAUUCCAGAUUCAGGAUUUGGAAUACUAUGACCACAAGAAUCAAGACAAACAUUAUCCAGGUAGAGCUGCAGUUCCCUAAAAUAAGCUUAUUCUUCACCACUAAACACUCAGUUGACUAUUGUUUGUGGAGCAGAUUUCAUACAGAGGUCUGCAGCGUGAUUGUGCAGAUUUAUUUUAUUUCUGUCUGGAGUUUGCAGAAUUUAGCCUCGCACCAACUCACAGCAGACACCACCAGUGAUGACAGCUAUUCAGAAGUUCUUACCACAAGAAGUUAAAUGUGAGGAAUAAGGAAAUAAAGUGAAAUACAGAUACCAGAAGCGCUGAAUUACCAAGAAUAUGAUGACUGUGUUUUGACUUAAAGCCUCAUGCAGAAUUUCCCCUGAUGUUGGUGUCAUCUGUGGAGUGUAUUAGCUGACACAGUCGGUCUGUAACCCCGACUGAAACUGCAGAGACUAAAAUUGUGUUUUUUUUUAGCACAGGGAGGGAAGUGUGUGUAAUUUUAGACGGUUUUUUAAUGUUGCUUCAUCCAACAGCUGCCAACAAAAAACAAAUCAGCAUAUUUAAGUCAAAGUAAAGGUGUUUUAUGAGUCAAGAAAGGUCGAUCCUGCCUCUUAAAGUGAUACUUGUCCAAGAUCUUAUCUACUUCCUGCCUUAUCUCUCCUGUCCUGACAUUGUCAGAGUUUUUCCCCUGUGAAUGUUCAUCUGUCUCAGAGAUAACAGUGACCACACAGGGACACAAACAUACCUACAUCAGCCACAUCAGACACAGCUGAUUAGAGAAUAACAAGACCUUUAGGGAGUGCCCCUCUUCCGUUUCCCACACCUCAUCUGUACCCUGCAAAGCUGACCUCAGACCUGUGGCUCCUCCCUCUGCUUUUUCCUCUUCUAUCUACACCCAAUCCACCCUUACACACACACACACAGAGAAAAACACACACCACAGGUCUCUAUAUCAGCUCCCCACAUCACCAGAUGGCCUUUAUCGCUGGCCUGAGCUCAGCACUGCUGGACUUAAAGGCCUCCUCAUUUUUCUUCCUCCGUCUUCUUAUCUUACCUCCAUGUUCCUCUCUUUAUCUCUCUCCUUACCUUUUCCCUUUACCCUACUUUUGUCUGUAACAUUUACUAGAUUUAUUGUUUUUUCAGCCUUUAUUUUAAGUUCAGACAUUUAAAAAGUUUGCCUCGCUGCCUGCAGAAAUUCAGCAAGAUGAGGCAAAACUUCUGGCUCAGUUGGCAGGAGAAGAAAGGAAAAAAGAUGACGGCAUCAAACUAAAGAACGGGUACGCCUGAAAUACUGGUAUAAAUGUGGAUUAAAUUAGUUAAUUGUAGCUUUUACAGUAAUUAUAUAUCUCCGCUUUCUUUAACUGUACAGUAAACACCAACAAACAGUGCACCUUUACCAAAACAUGGACCCCGCUUCACGGCUUAUCCUGCAGGAGAAAGAGAAAUCUCUCAUGGCUCUGCAGGAGACGGUGGAGGUACACACACACACACACGCACACACACACACACACACACAUGCACACACACACACACACACACACAUGCACACACACACACACACACAUCAACACAGAGAGAGUUGAGUCCGGGAAACACUCUGCUGACUGGUUGGACAUCUGCAAACACAAUCCUUUUCCGUUUUGAUGUCCUGCAGGGAAGAACUUUGUUACUCACAGACACACACAAAGACACACUACCUGUAAAAAUGAUCUUUGUGUGUGUGUGUGUGUGUGUGUGUGUGUGUGUGUGUGUGUGUGUGUGUGUGUGUGUGUGUGUGUGUGCGAGUGAGCAAAAGGGAGAGAGAGGCUUUCAGAAGUGUGUGUGAUGCAUGCGUCAUGAGCUGUGUCAGCAGUGGUCAGUGAGUCAGACCCACCUCACAGGAUAUAGCUUUUUUUUCUUCCUCUGCCUGUGGACACAUCCACAUCUGUAUGUCGAGAACAAAAUAGAAAAAAAAAAACACAGAGUAGCGACACCCAAGUGCAACAUGUCCUAUCUUGACUAGAGGAAGUUUAUUUUCAUCACUGACAUAACUCACACCUCUACAGAUAAACUUCCUCUUGCUUCAUCACAUCCUUCUCGCGCCUGUGUGUGCAGAUCCUGCAGAUGAAGGUGAACCGUUUGGAGCACCUGGUUCACCUGAAGGACAUGAGGAUAGAAGACCUGAUGAGGCAUUUGGAGACGUACAAAGGGAAAGGAAAAGCACUCUGAUACGAACAACAAUAUGUAAACGGUUACACUAAGACCUGCAUGACCACAAGGAUGAAUUGCCAGUCCUAACAUGACUAUCUCCACGCACUUCCUGUCCCUCAAGUUGUUUUGUCAAAUCAAAACCAAAAAACAAGUCAUAUCAUACCAAGAAAGAAUCUCACCUUCAGUUAAUCGUCACUUUUUGGAUUGCUUUUCUUGUUUUUUUGUGAUUGAUUUCAUGUGUUUGUGCGUGUGGAUGUUUAAAUGGGCCUGUAAUCUUAACACUACUAAAAGCGAGGGAAACUUCAUUGUCCUUAUAAGAAAUAUUAAGGUUGAAAAUGCAGUGGAAUAAUCAAAAGUGAGGUUUUUAGAUGCAACAGAAAUGAAUAAAUCUCAAAAUUGUCAUAAAAUGUAGGUUACACUCCUGUCCUGACAUAUUCAGGUCUUGGAGAUUUGACCUUGAGCACAUAAACUCAUAAAAAGUGUGAUGUUAAAGCUCCUUUGAGGACCUUUCCAGUUGUGUCAAUCAGAUGUCAUAAAAAGGAAUCAAUAUAAAUUUUAGCCUAUUCCAGACUGGCAGACUCUGUAAUGUGUUAAAACUCACUUUUGGUGUUAGUUUAAAGUCUCUUACAUUAUCUACAUAGAAGAAGAAGGCGGAAGUUUCCACCGAAACACGUCAAGGUACGAGAAGAAGAUUACAUGUCUGAGAUAAAAAGGAAAACUAUCAGAGGAGCUUCUUGUCCUCAAGUGACACCAUUACUCCAUCAACAGGAGGGGUGAGCAAAGAAUCUGACCACAAAAAAUCACUAAAUAUUCCCAUUUCUUCACGCUGUACUUUUCAAUCUUCAUCAUGUUAUCAAAGUCAUCCGCCGUUUGGCAAGAGCUUUUGUCCUCUCUGACAACAAUGUUCAAUAUUUGUCAACACACUCAUUUGUCAACACACUUCAGGAGGGGUGUAACUGUAACACAUGGUUUCAAAAUCUGAAGUUAUAUAAGUGUUAAAGUUGGUCUGUUUACCAUGUGUAUGUUUAUCUUAAUUCUGCCUAUAGCUAUCCAAGCAAAGUGCAUUUGGUGGUUAUCUAAAUGAUCCAUAUUUCUGAUAAUUAAAAGAAAAAAACAUUGUCUCUAUUCUGUAGAUAUUGUUGCAUACCUCCAGAAAUUGCAAAGUGAGUUUUUGAGUGUUUCUUUCAGAGAUAAGACAGUUUUAUGUCAAAUUAACUUCCCUCCAAGUGCUUAAUAAACCCAGAAAACACUGAAAAGACUGAAGCUCUCUUUUUCAAUAUAAGGAUAAGCAAGUUAAUCUGUCAUAAUAAAUGGAAAUUUUCUUCUGCAAAGAAGGUGACAUGCAGCAAAAGUUUCAGUACCGUAAUUUCCUUCCACUUUUAUGGUGACACCAUUUACUAUUUAUGAAACCAGAUUUCCUGUGAAUGUGUCAAGGUUGGUUAGAGAUCAAAUGCAAGAUCUAUUUGCAAGUUAUCAGGAAUUGACCCGAGUUUCACGUAGUUCAAAGCUUACAGAUUGCCAUAUAUAGUCAAUUGCGGCAGGCAGAGAAACCACAGGGCGUUUUGAGCUCUACGCAUUGAAAUAGAGAAGUGUUUUAUAAAGUAGCAGGUUUACUCCACUAUCUCUAGAAUCAGGUCAUGCUCGAGUUGAAUUUGGUGUGUUUUUCCAUCAUUAUAUCAGAUUAAACCUGGUGGGGUGUGGCGGCCUCUGUUUGACCGUUCCUGCUGUGGCGUCUUGAUUCUGCUGAAAAUCAUCUUCAGUUGUCUGCUGCUGUGACUUAAACUUUUCUUAAACUUGAGCUUGAAAAGAUUAAAAAAUGAACCUCAUAGCGGCACGUAAACUCCAAUCUCAGAAAAAGGUGUAAUGUACUUGAAUCAAAGGUAGCAAACCAAAUCAAUUAUGGGACAGUGUGUUGGUGGCACAGCAGGGAGUUGUCAGGAAAACACUUGGUUGUUCUUAUCUUUACAGCUGUCAAGACAAGUUAACAAAAGUUAGAUUUCAAUCAAGAGCAAAGAAAGAAACUUUAUGGGCAAAAUGUAGAGGAGAUGGUCAACACAACAGAGAAAAGCAAAAUACAGGCUGGCCAACCCUCACCACGCUCUGAUUAGUGAAUAUGAAUCAUUACCAUUAAUCUGUGGGACAAGGUUCAUGUUUUAAUGUCUCAUGUUCAUAAAACAAUUCUGAAACUCUAUAUGGACCAGCAUCCCGGAUCUAGAGUAAGUUGAAGGCCUUUAAAUGUGCCGUCUGCUGUUACAAACGUUGUCUUGUUGUGUUUAUUCAUGUAUCUUGUCCUGUACGUUGUAAUUGGAUCUACUGGGAUACAGGUUCAAUAUCAGACUUUGGCUAUGGAGAGUUAUAUUUACGUAAAUCGAACUCAAAUAUUAAAGAUUGUCUGCAAAAUAA